UACAUUGAAUUACUGCACCCUUGAGUGUGAACAUAGUAUAUGGAGUACAUAAUUGUAAAAAUAUAAUUGUACAAUUUUCAAAAAUGUGUACUAGAUUCUCUUUAAAUUUUAUUACUAUUGCAACUAAAUUUCAUUCGAAUGUUUUUUUUAUUCAAUCAGUUCAUAAAUUCACGGUAUCACUACCCAAAUAUUCACAAACGCACGUAAUAACACGAGGUUAUAGCUUAACAACGGCCUCAGUAAGUAAAUAUUAUGAAAAAUUAGACGAAGAGAAAUUAAACAAUCUUCUGAAAGAUCCAAAAUAUAAAGCUUUGUACGAUACUUUGAGUUUAGAGAUAGAGUACACAAAGUAUCAAACAGGAAAUGUACCUUCAAAAUUAACUGCGACUAAUUGGUUAUUUUUAUUAAAAACAACAACAAAAGGAGAAAGAAGAUCUUAUAUAGCUUUUCUUUUCAAACUAGAAAAGAAACAAGAACAUCAAAAGCAGAAAUUGUUAGAAGAGAAAGCUAAAAGAAGCGAAAACAGAAUAAACGAUGAAAAUAGGAUAUAUGGAUUGGGUAAAUGUACAUUGUUUCAUCGUAUAGUUGAAAGAACAAUGAAUGAUUUUUAUAAUAGUAGAUUAAUAAACGCUAUGUUAUAUGAGCCAGCGUUAGUAUUUGAUCUUGGUUUUGAAAAACAUAUGUCUCAAGUUGAGCUAUCGAAUUGUUCAAAACAACUGUUACUUUCAUUCUCAAUAAAUCGACAACACAUCAGUCCCUUUAAUCUAUAUUUUUGUAAUGCUAGUACAAAUAGUGAUAUUAUGAAAAAAUUACAUAAAACAAUACCAAAUAUGUACAAUCCAGAAUUUCCAUUAAAUAUGACUUCAAAAUCCUAUUUGGAAAUAUUUGAUAAGAAGAAAUUAAUAUAUCUUACUCCUCAUACUAAUGAAAUUAUGACACACUAUAAUCCUGAUCUGGUAUAUAUAAUUGGUGCAAUAGUAGACAAGAGACAUGUUCUACCAAUUUCAUAUCAGAAAGCUAAGAAAGAAGGUAUUAAAAUGAUGAAGUUUCCUUUAGGUGAAGUAUUGAAUUGGGGAACAGGAUCUUCAAAAAAUCUUCCUCUCAACCAAGUUCUUUCUAUCAUGUUAGAUUUAAAACAUACUAAGAAUUGGGAUAUAGCAUUUAAAAAUAUACCGAAGCGAAAAUUACAAGAUUCAAGAGAAGAGGUCAUGAAAAGGAAAUUGAUGCAAAAAAUAAGCUUACAACGUGCAAAAAAUUCUAAGUUAAUGAAUAAAGAGAAUAAAGAGACUCUUGUCAUAAAUUCAAAAUAAAAUAAACUUUAAAUAUAAAUUAUUUUAUAGUUAUCAAUUUCAGUAAAUAAAUAAUUUUUACUUAUA